CGACUGUUUACGUAAAGAAAAUAACAAUACAAGUAUCGUGAAAUUUCUUGAAAGGAAAAUAAAAACCUAUACAAAACUCGGAACCCCUGCAAGGACACGAGUGACUGCGAGCCAAGGUCGGGGUGUGUGGGGCGGCGAGGAGUUGAGGGGGGCCGUCACGUGUCCGCCGGCGUGCACGUUGACGACGGCCGUGCGUCGUGAACACGUGCAGCGAGCAGCCAGGCUCAAACCCGCUUCGAUCUUCACGGGAGCGGUCGUAUACGCCACCACGAUUGAUCGUUUAUCCGUCGGGUUCGGCGAUCGUGCGGUAUGGCCGCGGCUCGAUCGCCAUGGUUACAUCGACAUGGGGAUAGACUCUGCCACCGCCCAGCCUGACUGCUGCUUCUUACAGCCCGCUCCAGUAGCCCAGCGCCGCCUCUUCCCCUGUCAUUCAGGCAAGUCGGUGAACAAUAAAGAUCCCCUGGAAGACAAGAAAGAUGACAGCGAGUUGUGGGAGGCGCAGGCCGCCUUCCUGGGACCCAACCUCUGGGACAAGACGCUACCCUACGACCCAGAUCUCAAGGUACAAGAAUACGUGGACUUAGACGAGUUCCUGUCCGAGAAUGGCAUGCCCGGAGAGGGUUUGGGCGGGGCGCAUCUUGGCAGCUCGGCGUUCGGCGCUGGCGCGGGCCUGGGGCUCGGCCUGCAGGCGCCCGUCACCAAGCGCGAGCGCUCGCCCUCGCCCUCCGACUGCAUGAGCCCUGACACCAUCAACCCGCCACUAUCGCCAGCCGACUCCACAUUCUCUAUGGCGUCGUCCGGUCGUGACUUCGAUCCCCGCACAAGGGCAUUCUCAGACGAGGAGCUGAAGCCCCAGCCCAUGAUCAAAAAGUCCCGGAAACAGGGUGGUAUGAGUGUGUGGCGCGGCGUGUUAACCCCAUAUCGCCGUCACCGGCAGUUUGUACCCGAUGACCUGAAAGACGACAAGUACUGGGCCCGUCGGCGGAAGAACAACAUGGCCGCCAAGAGAUCUCGUGACGCUCGCCGCAUGAAGGAAAACCAAAUCGCUCUGCGGGCUGGCUACCUCGAAAAGGAGAACAUGGGUCUACGGCAGGAAGUGGAAUUGCUGAAGAAGGAGAACCACAUCCUGCGCGAGAAGCUUUCAAAGUACGCGGACGUAUAAACGGGAUACCUAGCACAAACACGCCACAAGAAUAUUGCGGUCACCGUAGCGCGUCGCGUCGUCUGGGGCACAGCGCCCGUAUAUUUUUAACGCUUUUCAAAUAAUCGGUUUACAUGUACUCUACUGACUAAUCUGAAUGUUAUUAUGCAAUGUUGUUAGCUGUGAGUCCAGCGGCCCCACCCGGCUACCCUGCUCCUACCCCUACGUGUAAAAAAAACGACUCGAUUCGCUAAUAUGUUCCCCAAGUGCUUAUGUAAUCACAUGUAGUAAAUAGAUGUAAAGUUGUACCCUGCAAGCUGUCCUGCGCGCGAGCCUCUGAGGAACGUUAUGGCGAAUCGACUGGUUUAAAACUGAGAUUUAUUUGUUUGUUUUUUUUUUUUAAGUUAUUAUUCUUCGUUACGUCAUAGAAGUAAUCAAUACGCAGUUACCGUAAGUUAAUCACCUUAGUCUAAUAUUGUGAAUCCUUACCAAAGGUUUGCUCGAACACUGAUCUAACGUCGUAUUCGAUGAAUUCACUCCGACACCGUUCGACACUCUACAGGGUCAGUCAACGACGUACGGACCAAAAUUUAUGGAGAAUCGUUGUUUUUAGAGAAUGCCUGUUGUGUCCCCGUCCCGAGCGUGAGCGUGAGGUUGAGUGGAGGAGCGUGGUUAAAGUUGUUGAAUAUUUAUAUGUUGCCGAGAUGAUCGGCUCACCGGCUAGUUUGCUCAAGUGGCUCGCGUGCGCAAGUGUAGUGGCUACGAUGUAUAUAGAUAGAUGUAAUGCGGCGGCGGUCGGCGGCGGGGAGGCCACCACCCCCCCACCAUCCGCACCACACCACCACUUCCUCCCCUUCCCUUUCCCCUCCCCUUCCCCCCGCCGACCCCCUCCGAUCCCUCACCGACCCCCGCCGAUCCCCGCCGCGCUCCGGCUCGCUUCGUAGACGUCUCCCUCUGUCGUUUCCGUAGUGAGCGAACACUAGUUUCGUUUUAAAUUUACUUAGUGUUAUAGAAUAAGUAGUAAGUAGUUUCCGUAGUAUAGUUGUUAUUAGUCUAUUUUUGUUAUGGCUGUAGUUGUUAACGUUUUUAAAAGUUUAUAUUAUUAUUAUUAUUUUAUUAUUUUUUUUUAGUUUUUAUGUAUAUCUCGCGUUAGCGCGUCUUAAGGGUAGGCCUCCGCCCCGCGGCGCCCUACCCGCUGACUGCAUCACCUACUCUCCUCGUUUCCCCUUCGCCCUGUUCGACUCGCGCUAAUGUUAUAAUAUAUUUUUGUAGGUUUUUGUCGUUGAUAAAUGAGUCAAUUGAAUGUUUAUUGAAUUCAAAUAAAAUUAAUGUUUAAAACUAAGACUAAGAAGUUGUUGCAUUUGAAAGUAUUUUAUGAAUACAAAACGAGAACAAUAAAUUGUUUUUUCUAUAAAGAUUUACAUGUGAGGGAAAUUUUAUUAUGACGAAGAGGUUGAAGAAGAAAAAAAAAACGUUAACUUUUAAAUGCACUGUUUCAUAUCAAAUGAUAUAAUAUUAUGUAUUGAAGGAAAUAUUAUUGUAUCCGAUGUGAGGGCGUCCUCUGUCCCAACUUGUUGGUCAAAUGUUUAUCAGUAAAUCAUCUUGUGAAUGUUAUCUCGACUUCUAGGGCUGUCCGUGUGUUUGUACACUGUUGUUGAAGCACCGCCUCAUUUAUGUAUAUUAAAAUUUCACCGUGAUAUCGCCUUAUCUGUUUAUAUUUUUAUUGCAACAACAUAAAACCAUAUUGAUGUACGUAGUAAUUAAUAUAAUUUAUGGUUCUAUGAAUUGAAAUAAACGUUAAUUGUUGUAUUUAUGUUUAUUUAUUCCGUACCGGCGGCCGGAGCCUAGUUGAAACAUACGCUGAGACUACGUCUCGUUCGCUGUUAAAUGUAAUAAAACGUUGUAAAAAGUA